UGAACUAAUUUGGGCAUCUCCAGUUUCUCUCUCACCAUAUAAAUAGCAGAGAACACGGAUCCGAACUCUAAGACGCAUCGAGUUCAGGAUUAAUGGAGCUCGUUUUUUUCGUUGCUUCACUGCUCCUCAGUACAGUUUCGGGUGGCACUACCGGCAACCCUGCUGAUGAGCUAGUUGCAGCACUCAAUGCAAACCGCACAGCCCUCAAGCUCGCCUCUCUCCAUGACAACCCAGGCCUCGGGUGCAUGGCCCUCCAAUACAUCAAGGCCUACCAGGGCCGGUGCGAUGAGGCCAAUGAUAAGAAGCCAGCUGAUGCCGAUUUCGCCCAAACUUUCGCCCCAAAUUGCGGGGUUGAGCCAUCAUCCCUUGCCCAAGUUACUGGUCGCCUCCUCGGUUGCCAGUCAAGUUACGUCCAUGCCACUGAGGCCUUCUCAAAUCUCCUAAUCCAUAACAACAAGAGCUUGGCUAUACUAUACAAUAAGAAUCACACUGAGGUGGGAGCUGGGGUCAGUGGAACUGAUGGUGGGGCGCCUUAUUUUUGGUGUGUUUUGUUUAGCAAUGGGGCUUCCAGCAGUAGCUUUGUGCUACCUGGUGGAGUUGCUUCGAAGCAGCGGCCUGGGUGUUACAGUGGCACCAACGAGACAUGUAGUGGGGCGAUGGGUGGAAGAUUGGGUGGUGGGGUUGGCAUUCUUGGCCUUCUCCUAAUGGUGGGCUUCGGCUUUGCCUUGUGAGCGUGGUGUUUCCUCUCUCCCUUUCUGAAGUUUGUAGCUUCUUCUGUCUCUCAUCAUGUGUCUUUCACUCUCUCUCUCUGAAGUCAAAACUUUUGCCUUUGUUUCUCAUCUUGGCAUUCUGUCUCUCUCUCUUUGAGUUAGAAGCUUCUACUUUUGUCUC